ACCAACUCUGCAUUCCGGAAAAGCUCUCCACUUCCCAACAACCCUCGAAUGCCUGCUUCUCUGUGUAGAAGUCAGAGGUGAGAAAUGGAGUCGAUAUAUCUUCAAAAGUGCCUUGGGACAUGUUUAACUCAAGGUCUUGCCGAAGUGGCAAGAAUUCGCCCAGUGGAUCCAAUAGAAUAUUUAGCAUUGUGGAUUUACAAAUAUAAGGAAAAUGUGACCAUGGAGCAACUGAGACAGAAGGAAAUGGUCGACUUGGAGCGUGAGAGAGAACUAGCUGUGAUACAGCAGGAAAUGAUGGAGAGGCUCAAAGCAGAGGAGCUUCUGUUCCAGCAGCAACAGCUGGAGUUCCAGCUGGAGUUGGAAAUGCAAGAGAAAGAGAGACAAAGAAUAGAAGAACUACAGAGAGCUCAAGAACAAUUAGAGACGGAGAUGAGAAUGAAUAUAGAAAAUAUAGCUAAGAGUGAAGAUAGUUCACAUUCAGAGGAUGUAACAUCAGACUCAGGCAAAACACUAGCUGAAAUUAGUGAUCGAUAUGGGGCACCUAACCUGAGCAGAGUGGAAGAACUUGAUGAGCCGAUGCUAUCUGAUGUUGCAUUAAACAUUGAUCAAGAUUUGUAGGAUCAACUAACCUAAGAGCAAUAAAUCUUUCUGCUUGUUUCAAGUUUCAAAA